GUUUGUUAGAAGUACUAAACACUUUAUACAUACUGCUUUGCCAUUUUUAUCAUGGCGAUUUCUUUUUGACAUUUGACUACCACAAGGCGCACGUGUUUUUCGGGCUAGGAGCUCUGUGCUAAAUUAAAGUAAAAUCAAAAUGAAUCCAGAGAAACUUAAGAAGUUGCAAGCACAGGUGCGCAUUGGCGGCAAGGGAACCCCACGCCGCAAGAAGAAGAUUGUGCACUCGACCCCGGCUACCGAUGACAAGAAGUUGCAAUCAUCGCUGAAAAAACUAUCGGUCAACACCAUUCCCGGCAUCGAGGAAGUGAACAUCAUCAAGAACGACGGCACCGUCAUUCACUUCAACAACCCAAAGGCGCAGGCAUCGCUGCCAACGAACACGUUCGCCAUCACCGGUCAUGGUGAGAACAAGACGAUCUCGGAGAUGCUUCCGGGCAUUCUGACGCAAUUGGGUCCCCAGGAUAUCAAUCAGCUGAAGAAGAUUGCUUCCGAGUUUGCCAAUAAGAACAGCGCUGCUGGUGGCGCUGCCGCUGCUGCCGCCGGCGCUGCUGCUGCGGAUGCUGGUGAUGAUGAUGUCCCCGAUCUGGUUGAGAACUUUGAGGAAGUUGCAAUUGCUGGUGCAGCUGCUGGAGCCAAGAAAGCUGGUGAAGUUGCGGCGUCUGCCUAAACAACAACAACUACACUAGUUCAUCAACAUAUACACACACACACACAUACAUACAAAAACAAACACACACAUACAAGCAGAGGUUGAAGCUAGUGGACGAAAAGAGAAGAGACGACGACGAGCUUUGCUUCUGCUAUUUUGGGGGUCAUGUCAACAAAAACAACAACAAUACAAAAUAAAGGCAUCCAAGUGAGCGCUGAGAACAGAAAAACAACACACGUAAAAUAUAAUAAUUAUAUUAAUAUAUUAAGGGUAUUUUCAAACUUUAAACAAAAUACUAAAAAUAGUUAUAGUUGGAAGCGCGCGCAUUAAGCGAUGGCAGAACAACAACAAAUAUGUACAAGAAAAUUAUGUAUUUCCAAGCGAUUAAAGCACGUUUCCACUACA